AUGCCAGCGCUUCCUUCAUUUGCCUCCGGCUUAGCGAACACUCUCGUGCAGCGUGCUACCCUUGCAUCGCCCCCUAAUGCGACGGGGAUUGAGCCCGUCCUGGAGGUGGUAUGCGCCUGGCCGGUGUCCGGCCAGUAUGGACCGGGGACCCGUGUCUUAUACUAUGCCUUGAUUGCAGCUUGUGUGGUUGCUCGGAAGGUGGAAUUUAUUCGGAGUGCUUGUCUGGCUGCGGUGCUACUGUUCCCCGCGGUGGCCGCUCUACAUGGGAUUGUUCUAGCAGUGCUUCAUAUCGAUGGAGCCGUCGACAUGGACGUCUAUGGGGCUUUUCAACUAUGUGCAAUAGGCAUCCUAACGGCUCCUGCCACUGUUCGUCUAUCGACGACCUAUUUUAACAAUCCAGGUCGGAACCUGAUCUUCAUAUGGACUGUCCUACUUCUAGCGGGGCUUCUGAGCCUAAUUGUGGAAUUUAUGCGCCUGAAGUCCGUCGUGUGUCCAAUAAAUGACCAAGGAGGAAUCGAGUGGGCAAGAACAAACAAGUUCCCAUACGGAGAGUCCUGCGGCAUGCGAUGCACCCCUGACGACGGUCCAAUUUCACGGCUGCGUCAGGGCUCCGCGGACAAUAUUUAUGUCGUUCCAACUCCGUUUGAAUUGACUUUUAACACAACCACCCUUCUCGCGGCGGGCUGCUGUGUCCCCGCUAUAUUGCAAUUGGUUUCCAUGUGGAUUAAGAUCAUGGAUUCCAACUGGGAGAAAUUCUCUCCUGGAGAGAAGAGGAAGCCCGAGGAUACUAUUGAUGGUACCAAUGGCGCGACUCUCAGCCACAUGACAGGCAUUACGGAGAAGAUCCGCAGCUGGUUAGCUCUCAUUGAGAUCCCAGUAUUUGCCGCUGCCGUCUUGUUCAUUAUUGUCAAGGGCGAGCUGAACUUCUGGAGUAAACCGGUGUAUUAUCAGACAGAGCAAAUAGCAAGCAUAGGCCAAUGGGCACCAAUAGUCGGCACAGGCCUCGCAGUCUUCGGCUCUCUAUACCUCCUCAUCUCAGCAGACAUCGACGCCGAAGAAAACGACGACCCAAACACCCCGUUCGAAACCCAAUCCCAAUCCCAACCCCAACCCCAACACCCCCAAAUGAUAAUAACAACAACAACAUGCGCCAAAUGCCAAAGCUGCGCCCUCUCCUCCGACACAGAAACCAACGACUCCCGACGAAACUCCAGAACCACAGAACCCCAACCCCCAGACACCGACCCAUCGACAUCCCCCCCAAACCGAACAUCCACCGUCCAAACCACCCAAACCGCCCAAACAGACCUCGGCAACCGCCGCAAAGUAGCCCGCUUCUUCAACGCCCUCAGCACAGCAAUAACCACCAAAACCGCCUCCCAAUCCGCCAAAUCCGGCUUCACGGCCGACGAAAGAACCGCCUACCCCACCACCCCAGGCGAGAACCUCCGCAAUCCCAAACUCGCCGAAGACAUCAGCAUCUACAACAAGUAUCCGCCGUCCAUGGACGGACGCUCCCGAGCCGGCAGCGUCCUAAGCGUGAGCCGCGAUUCCGAUACCGGUGAGGGCAACUCUCGACCGGUCUCAGUGGCACUCGCGCGCAGUCGCAGUCCCGCUCGCCAUUCUUCUUUGCCGGGCCAGAUGCAGCGUCCCUCGCGCGCUGUGACGAGACCGUCGCAUUCCAAUUCUGAGCCCGGUGCUUACUUGGGCUGUCCGCCUAGUCCGGGCUUGGUUAUUAGUGAGUGGCAGAUGGGGUUGUCGCCUGUUUCUGUGACGCCGGAGGGACGGAGUCGGAAUGCUUCUCUUUCGGGGCGGGAUGGGGAUGAGCAUGGUUUGGGGGGCGGGAGUCUAGCUUCGGCUUCGACUGCGGCGGCGCCGGCUGUUGCUAUGUCUGGGGCGCAGCUGGUUCCUACUAUUCAUGUUUCUAGUCAUGAGGGAUCUUGA